AUGACCGACUCGAGUGAACUGUCAGACUUGUCCUCCGAAUCGUCCAGUGCUCUUUGUGACAGCGACAGCGACUCAGACACAGCGACCAACAGCAGUGAUGAUGAGAUUCCACGUCGUCGCCGUACCCUAAGGUUUCUCCCGCCCACCGGGACUGGGCCUUGCAUCCGGGGAGGCUACGUGCCUCGAUCCACCCCGCCGCCGAAGAUCUCGCUUCGGCAGCCCGACAACAAGACGACGGGCUACAUCAUCGACAAGGUCAUGAUGCCGCGCCACUUUCCCCAUUUCCCGCCCGGCCAUACGCAAACGGUCGCUAUCUACUACGUUGGCUACCGGGAUAACCCCUUGGCGCGUGGUAUCGUACCGUACGACAAGAUCCUGGAGCACGUUUCGCUGCGUGAGCUAGAGGACUGGGAGGACAAGCUGCCGGCGCUGGUGAAGCAGUCGGCGCGGGAGAAUAAAAAAGCAAGGGCCGAAGAGAAGGAGCAGGUGAGACAGAGGCAGGAGGAGCUACUGAGGGAGAGGGACAGACAAAGGAAGACGGGAGGCAAGAGACUCACGCGGGGACUGAGGAAGCGGUUGGGGCUUCAGUUGGAUGAGCCGGAUGCCGGUGGCAAUAGAGAAGAGAAGUGA